AUGGCAGCAGCGAUUGGCUCCGUCAGCGGCGACGUUGGUGGCGGUGAGAGCGCAGGCGGCGAUGGCAGCAGCGAUUGGCUCCGUCAGCGGCGACUGGCUCCGUCAGCGGCGACGUUGGUGGCGGUGAGAGCGCAGGCGGCGAUGGCAGCAGCGAUUGGCUCCGUCAGCGGCGACGUUGGUGGCGGUGAGAGCGCAGGCGGCGAUGGCUGCAGCGAUGAAAACCUGAUGCAAUUCAGGCCACUGCAGCGCAAGAAACAAAGCGUCAACGAAAAGCUCAGUACCGCAACGGGACCUCCGAUGAAGCUUGAACCUGACGUGAAGAGACGCAAAACCAGCUAA